GGCACGGCUUUUGUGUGUGUUUUUGUUCCGUGUCGACUGUGCAACAGUGAGCAGAGCAGUAGAAACAUCAGUGGUUCGUGGAGAAGGUUCAAAUUUAUUUAAAUUAAAUCAUUCAAAGUGCGUGCAAUAAGCUGCAAAAUGUUCGCAAGAUAUUCUUCUAACUUUGUCCGAUCCAGCCAGCUUCGCCGGUUCCAAAGUACACUGGUGUUGGCCGAGCACAACAACGAGACCUUGAACCCGAUCACGUCCAAUGCUGUGACCGCUGCCAAGAAGCUGGGUGGGGAUGUGACCGUUCUGGUUGCCGGAACCAAGGUCGGUCCGAUUGCCGAGGCUGCGGCAAAGUUGGACGGUGUUUCCAAGGUGCUGGUCGCCGAGGGUGAUGCCUUCAACGGAUUGGUCGCCGAAGCGGUCACCCCUCUGGUGUUGGCCACCCAGAAUCAGUUCAAGUUCACGCACAUCGUGGCGGGAGCCUCUGCUUUCGGCAAGGCCGUGCUGCCGCGUGUGGCCGCCAAGCUGGACGUUUCGCCGGUGUCGGAAAUCAUCGACGUCAAGUCGGCGGAUACCUUCGUCAGGACGAUCUAUGCCGGAAACGCCAUCCAGACGGUCAAGUCCAAGGACCCGGUCAAGGUGGUCACCGUUCGUGGAACCAACUUCGAAGCAGCUGGCACCGGCGGAAGUGCCGCCAUUGAAAAAGCCCCCGAAGGCAACUACAAAUCCGAUCUGACCGAGUUCGUCAGCCAGGAACUGACCAAGUCCGAUCGACCGUCGCUGACCGCGGCCAAGAUCGUCAUUUCCGGUGGACGUGGCAUGAAGUCCGGCGACAACUUCAAGAUGCUGUAUGACCUGGCCGAUAAGUGGGGAGCCGCCGUGGGUGCUUCGCGUGCUGCCGUCGACGCCGGAUUCGUACCGAACGAUCUGCAAAUCGGCCAGACCGGUAAGAUUGUUGCCCCGGAGCUGUAUGUCGCGGUGGGAAUUUCCGGCGCCAUCCAGCAUCUUGCCGGUAUGAAGGACUCGAAGACGAUUGUGGCCAUCAAUAAGGACCCGGAGGCACCAAUCUUCCAGGUCGCCGAUUACGGUUUGGUGGCCGAUUUGUUCAAGGCUAUUCCGGAGAUCAACGAGAAGUGCUGAGAAUCGCUAAGGACGCAGCAUGGUAGGUAUAAUCAUCCCAUAGAUAGGUUCUCUGGUCUUCUCGGAAUGGGUGGAUUUCGGUACGAAAUAAUCAGGAUUGCACAGAUUUUGUCCGAAGUAAAAUUGUUAGAAAGCGAAUGCAUUUCUCCAUGUUAUGUAAUAAAAGUGAGAUUUUUUGUAUGACUAAAUAA